AUGUCUCUAUUACGACGCAGGAUCGCCGCUAUGGACACUUUUGCACCUUCACCAAUCUUGGCCCUUCGCGAGACAGCUGUGGCCACAGCAACAACAAGCUCCGCGUCGGCUACGUCGACCAUCGACCCAUACACCCAUUCCUUGAAUGGCGUCAACCAGCCUGUUAACAUGCUGUUCAAGGAGAUGCUGUGGUGGACUCUCGGCAUCUUCGCUCUUAUAAUCCUCUCAGUACGCAUAAUCGAGGUAGCCUGGGCGAAACUGCGACACGUGUCUGCUAUGUCAGUGCCAGCUGAUGGGCAGACAUACUGGAAGCGUUCGCAAUGGAGCUGGAUGCCAGGUCUCAAGAAGCAUCUCAUCUACGCUCCACUUUGGAACAAGAGACACAACCGCGAGAUCAAGCUGUCAAAUGCUAUCAGCAUGGGCACACUGCCAUCUCGGUUCCACUCCAUUCUUCUGUUCCUCUACCUCUCCAGCAACCUUAUCUACUGCUUCUUCCUCAACUGGGCAAACGAGAACUACUACUCGUUCUGCGCUGAGCUCCGUGGUAGAUCCGGCACCCUGGCCGCCGUGAACAUGGUCCCGCUCAUCAUCCUUGCCGGUCGCAACAACCCCCUCAUCGCUCUGCUCAAGGUCAGCUUUGACACCUACAACCUCAUUCAUCGGUGGGCUGGUCGCAUGGUAGUGCUGGAGGCCAUUAUUCACACCGUUGCUUGGUUGAUCGUCCAGGUCGCCGACGGCGGCUGGGAAAGUGUUGACAGCAGACUACUCACUGAAAGCUUUGUUGCCUCGGGCAUGUGCGGAACGCUUGCCCUAUUUGUCCUCCUUGUCCUGUCUCUUGGUCCGGUCAGGCACGCCUUCUAUGAGACUUUCCUAAACGUCCAUAUUAUCCUAGCAGUCAUCAUCUUCGCAUGUACGUGGGUGCACUGCGCCACCUCCAACAUUGGAGUCCUUCCUCAACUGCCAUGGGUUGUCGCCAUCUUCCUCCUCUGGCUCGCCGACCGUCUAGCACGCAUGUUUCGCCUCGUCUACUACAACUGGUCAGCAAGGGGCUUCACCGAGGCUCAUGUCUCGCCCAUGCCAGGUGAGGCCUGCCGAGUUACCAUGCAUCUUCCUCGACACGUCGAUGUCAAGCCUGGCACCCACGCCUACCUCCGAUUCAAGGAGGUCAACCCCUGGGAGUCUCACCCAUUCUCCGUCGCGUGGAUCGAGCAUUUCCCAAGUUUCGAUGGCAAGGAGGGCAGGGAUGAGGUUACCGAACGGGACAUUCGCCGUGGCACCACAUCUGUAUCCUUUGUCAUCGGUGCUCACACCGGUUUCACCCGUGCCUUGUUCAACAAGGCAAGCGCCACAGGUUUGUCAACUGUCACCUUGCGGGCCGCCAUGGAAGGACCUUACGCUGGCCACCAUUCGCUGGAUUCUUACGGCCAUGCUGUCCUGUUUGCUGGGUCUACCGGCAUUACACAUCAGCUCUCUUACCUUAAGCCUUUAAUCGAGGGCUUCAACGCAGGCACUAUUGCUACGCGUCGCGUCACUCUCGUCUGGAUCAUCAGAGAUUAUGAAGCUCUGGAGUGGAUUCGUCCAUGGGUGGACGAGGUCCUUCGCAUGCCCCGACGGAAGGAGAUCCUGAAGAUACAGCUCUUCAUCACCAGACCGAAGAAUCCAAAGGAGAUUCAAUCAGCCUCAAACACUGUGCAAAUGUUCCCUGGCAGACCUAAUGUCAUGACAAUACUCAAGAAAGAAGUUGAUGAGCAAGUGGGAGCGAUGGCUGUGACCGUAUGUGGACCCGGUGCUUUGGCGGAUGAUGUCCGCGAAGCCGUCAGGGCAGUACAGGACGAGCAAUCUGUUGUCGACUUUUGUGAGGAGAGUUUCACUUGGUGA